GUUAAGUUGCGUGUCCUAAAAACCCUUAACCCUUGUUCUAAGUUCUAUCUAUGCUUUUACUAUUACUAGCUACUUCAUGGAUGAUGGUAACAACCCUCUUCCUCCUCCGAUACAAAUCCCACCAGCCACUACUCCAGCCCCAACCUCAUCAUCCUCUUCCCCCUCUUCUGCCGUGCGGUACCGGGGAACACGCUGCCGGAGUGGGAAGUGGGUGUCGGAGAUAAGGGAGCCACGCAAGACGACGCGCAUUUGGCUGGGGACAUACCCAACACCUGAGAUGGCUGCUGCUGCCUACGAUGUUGCUGCUCUUGCCUUGAAGGGUCCCGAUGCGCCUCUCAACUUCCCCGAUUCCGUACAAUCUUACCCUAUUCCUGCCUCAUUGUCUCCUCCUGAUAUUCGCGCCGCAGCCGCCGCCGCCGCUCAGGCGAGGCUUCCGAGGCCACCGCAGAACCCUCUAGAAGGUAGUAGUAGCGGUGGUGGUGGUAACGAUAACGUUAUUGUUGAAGGGUCUUGUUCCAGUUUGAGUACUGAAGAACAAGGAGGGAUGAUGGUGGCGGAGUACAUUGACGAGGAUGAGCUUCUGAAUAUGCCGAGUGUCAUCGAAGACAUGGCCAGGGGAAUGCAGGUUAGCCCUCCAAGGAUGCACUCUUUCUCCUCCGAUGACUCCCCUGGGAAUUCCGAUUUAGAUACCCUUUGGAGUUUUUGAUUCUCAAUUAGCCACUUCAAUUGAUCUCUAUCUAUCUCUGUUGUUGGGGGCAUCUAUGCUUUUUUACUUUCUGUCUGUGUUUUUAGGUCUUACAACAAACAAAGCCUAGACAAUUUCGAUUGUUUUUGCUGUUGCUGCUCUUGCUCUUGUUGUUGUUGUUGUUGUAAAUACAAGAUUAUUGAGGGGGUUGUUAUGAGAGAAGAAAGAUCUAUUCAUAUUUAUUGAAUGUUGAUUCCGGAUUUUGUAGUGUUGGUGGAUCUGUCUAGUUCGAUGCAAAGAGGUUAGGCUUUGUAACUGGAAUAUUGGAUCAUGGGGCCUUUCUAGAUAGCUUAAUUUCUUUCUACAUGUAUUUAGAUCAGAUGAUGAUGAUUAUGAUUAUUCUAUGUAUGUGUCUCUUUUUUUCUAGCCAGCCACUAGCUACUACCAAUGGUUUUCUAUUCAAUAAUACCAUCCGUUUCUCUCUGGCUGUAAUUAAUUAGUUCAUGAAUUUGUUGCUGCUGAUCUGAGAGAUAUACAUGGUUCUCUAUCUGUACUAAUUCACUA